AUGAUUUAUAUUGAUUAUACAACUGGCACAUCAUGUUAUUAUUGUGCUGAUUGUCCUAUUCCAUUUAAUGCUAAAUUAAAUUCUGUUACAGUAAAUACAUUAGCAUCGGCAAACUGGUGUGCUAAAAAAAGUUCAACAGCGGAUCCGCAUGCUCGAAAUAGUCGAGGUCCUGCUGAACCUGGUCUUUGUACAGCACAUGGAUGUUCAUGGAAAACCGGUCCUUCUGGUCAAGCAAUAUGGACUUGUUGUUGUCAAGGAGAUUUUUGCAAUUGUGGAUAA